CGGAGGGGCUGGCCCGGGCUCGGCCCGCCCUCUGCGGGUGCAGGCGGCGGGUACAGCUGGAGAAUGGGGUCCGGCCUGUCCCUGGACGACUCGGUGCGGGUGGUGGUGGUCGGGGGAGGCUUCGGGGGCACGGCGGCCGCCAGUCUGCUCCAGUCCCGGGCCGUCCCGUUCGUGCUGGUGGACGUGAGAGACGCUUUCCAUCACAACGUGGCCGCCCUCCGCGCCGCCGUGGCCAGCGGGUUUGCCAGGAAGACUUUCAUCUCCUACUCCGUCACCUUUGGGGACAGCUUCCGACAAGGCGAGGUUGUUGGCAUAGACCCUGCGAGGCAACGAGUCUUGCUCAGCGAUGGCGAGGAGCUUCACUACUCCCAUCUCAUUCUUGCGACAGGCAGUGAUGGGCCAUUCCCUGGGAAGUUCAACCAAGUCAUUGACAUGGAAAGCGCCAUCCAGACCUACGAAGACAUGGUUAAGGAGAUUGAGAAAUCUGAGCGCAUCCUGGUGGUGGGAGGUGGUGCUGCUGGAGUGGAGAUGGCUGCAGAGAUCAAAACUGAGUACCCAGCCAAAGAGGUCACCCUCAUUCACUCGAAGGUCGUGCUAGCUGAUGUGGAGCUGCUACAUAGCGUCCGUCAGGAGGCCAAAGAGAUUCUCCUUAGGAAAGGAGUGCGCCUCCUGUUAGGUGAAAGGGUCAGCGAUGUGGAAAGCCUCACGCCAAACCGGUUCCAGAAGGACACGGUAGUAAGGACAGAAAAGGGCACCGAGGUGGUUGUUGACAUGGUGGUCCUGUGCACUGGGAUAAAGAUUAAUUCUUCAGCAUAUGCUGCUGCAUUCGGGGACAGACUGGCGAGUAACAGCGCGUUGAAGGUUAACAAGCACCUCCAGCUGGAAGGCUAUGAGAACAUCUACGCCAUUGGGGACUGCGCAGAUCUGAAAGAACCGAAGAUGGCCUAUCACGCUGGGCUCCACGCCAACGUCGCCGUGACGAAUAUCAUCAACAGCCUGACACAUAAGCCUCUUAAAACCUACAAACCAGGGUCACUAACAUUCCUGCUUGCAAUGGGCAGGGAUGAUGGCGUUGGCCAGGUGAACGGUUACUAUGUGGGGCGUCUCUUGGUGACCAUUGCUAAGAGCAGGGACCUGUUUGUCUCCAAGAGCUGGAAGACAAUGGGACAGACGAUGCCUUCUUAGGAGGGGAUCAGUGACCAAGCAGCAAGGAAUACAGCAACUGCAAGAAGGUGAGGGGGCACUUUUAUUGCUUGGCCAGGUCGAUGCUGUUUCCUGCAGCACCUCCUGCUGCGUUAAGGGGGUGCCCUGCCUGGCUAGACAGGGGAAGGAGGCACUUUCCAAAUGAAGCACACGAGAGUUCUCAUGAUAAAAAUCAGUGAAGGCGCGUUUCUUUCCUGUUGAGAUAGCUCUGAGGAAGAAACCUGGUUUACCUCAUUUUGUAACAAUAAACACGGUGGUGUUCAACA